GCCUGCGUUCUUUCCGCUUGGGUUCUACUAGCGCCAGGACUACAAAACCCAGAGGGCAUUUCGGCGCCCUGGGUAUUUUAAUACCAUAACCGGCAACCGGGCAGAAUCUGUCUUUAGUGCUGAGAUAAGCUUAGAAGGUUAGCAAAGGUUUUUGGAGAGCGCGCUGCAAAGCUACAGUCCAUCGCGGGAGUCACCUUUUCCUGCCUGGCAGGGUUGUUCUCCCGCAUUUCAGGAAGGCUGGUCUGUUUCCUUGGAAAAGCAUGAGCGAAGGUGCAAAGCAUCACUCUGCAGCUAAGGACAAGGAAGAAUUUGUGAAUUUCUUCCCCCAAAUUGUCCGAGACCUGUUGGAAAACGAACUUCACGUCCCGGAAUUGACCGAUGCCGUCACCAGGCUAAAAAGGGUGAUCGAAUAUAAUGCCGUCGGUGGCAAAUACAAUCGUGGAUUAACGGUGGUGGCUGCAAUUCGGGAACUCGCCAAACCAGACCAGCCUGAUCCGAAGACUUUCCGCAUCGCCCUGGUUGUGGGUUGGUGCAUUGAACUGUUGCAGGCGUUUUUCCUCAUCGCAGAUGAUAUCAUGGACUCUUCAGUGACCCGCCGAGGACGACCUUGCUGGUACAGGCAGGAAGGGAUUGGUUUGGACGCCGUGAACGAUGCGUUUCUGAUGGAAUCCAGUGUGUACCAGCUGUUGAGGCGGCACUGCCGAGACCAGCCGUACUAUAUGAAUUUAAUGGAGCUUUUCCUUCAGUCAUCCUACCAGACCGAGCUGGGCCAAACCUUGGAUCUGUUUCAGAUCAAUCUGAAUAGCUUCACCGAAGAAAGGUACAAAGCCAUCGUGAAGCACAAAACGGCCUAUUAUUCAUUUUAUUUACCGGUGGCGGCUGCCAUGUAUAUGGCUGGCAUCGACAGCGAGGGAGAGCACGCACACGCCAAGGCCAUCCUUCUCGAGAUGGGGGAAUUUUUUCAAAUCCAGGACGAUUUCCUCGACAAUUUCGGGGAUCCCCAGGUGACUGGGAAAAUAGGGACGGAUAUUCAGGAUAACAAAUGCAGCUGGCUGGUGGUGCAGAGCCUCAAACGAGCAUCUCCGGAGCAGAGAAAGAUUUUGGAGGAAAACUACGGUCAAAAAGAUCCGGAGAAAAUUAAUCGUGUGAAGGCUCUUUACGAAGAACAAGACUUAAAAGCCGUUUAUAAAAACUACGAAGAAAACAGCUACCAACAGAUUGUGGGUUUAAUCGCCCAACACGCCGUCGGUUUGCCCAGCCGGAUUUUCCUGGAUUUGGCCGACAAAAUCUAUAAAAGACAGAAAUAAUCUCUGCAAAGAAAUCUGGAUUUUAUUUUUAUUUUAUUUUUUUAGCUGGGACUUGAGAUAAAAGCAAAAUUUCUCAGAACGGUUGUGGGCUAAUUCAGAAAAAGGAAGUGGGGAAAAAAGGGAUAUUUGCUUUGGGUUACACCCUCGAUGGGAUUUCGAUAGGGGAGCUAUUUAGAAAGAUAAAUAAAUUUCAUUUUUCUUUGCCGGAGGGGAAAAUCCAAGGGUAUUUCUAAGGGGGAAUGCAGGCUGCUUUUUCCCCAACCCAAGCCGUGAAUCCUUGCCAUCGGGGUUGGCGGUUGGGGAUGAUUGGAAUUGUAGUCCGUUUAGGAAACGGAUGAGUUGCUGCUUGGACAUUACUGGUCUUCGACACAGGACGAGGCUCGCUAAGAUGCGAUCCGUAUUUGGGGUGAUGUGGUGAGAUCUUUUAAGGGGCUGGUUGGAAGACUUUGUACCGCCAAUAAAUUAUUUUCCAAUUGGAUUUUGUGUGUUGAAAAGGGACAACUGAGGGGAGAUUGUGGCUUUCCCCCCCUUCUUCUCUCCUUCCUUCUUCCUUUCUUUCUUCUCCGUUCAAGCUACGGCAGGGAUGGAGGUGAAGGUAAUCCUGAAUAACAGCAGUUGGGAUUGGAGGCUAAACAAGGCCGCUCUUAAAUGACCGGUGCCUGAUUCUAUGAGCUUUUUUUUGCCACGGUUGUUAAGUGAAUCAUUGC